CCACUUCAUAGCCUCUGACUCAUCGCUCUUGUAGCUCUCUGAUUCCCUCUUCUUGCUCCACAGUGUUGAUCUGAAUGAGCAGAAUGCGUCUUUCCUGGCAGGCCUCAGAAGAUGAACAUCUCUCUGGUUGACUCUGGAGCCACCAUGUAUCACCUGACAGUAGACCACCAGCCAAAUGCCAGCUUCAACUUUUCCUCGCCUUUGUCUAAUUGGACCAAAGGGGGCGGUGCCCUGCAGCUGCCGACAUUCACCACAGCAGCCAAAGUCAGGGUCAUCAUCACCUGUAUCCUCUGCUGUGUAUCGGCCUUUUGUAACCUGGCAGUUCUGCGGGCAGCUUUCACCAAUGGGAAGAGAAAAUCUCACGUCAAAGUGCUUAUCAUGAACCUCAUGGUUGCUGAUCUGCUGGUGACCUUCAUAGUGAUGCCUUUAGAUGCUGUGUGGAACAUCACAGUCCAGUGGCUGGCGGGGGACUUUGCCUGUAGGUUGCUCAUGUUUCUUAAACUACAGGCCAUGUAUUCAUGUGCCUUUGUCACCGUGGUGAUCAGUCUGGAUAGGCAGUCUGCCAUCCUUGACCCUCUAGCUAUCAACAAGGCUAGGAUGAGGAACAGAGUCAUGCUCACUGUGGCUUGGGGCAUGAGUGUCCUGCUGUCAGUCCCUCAGAUAUUCCUGUUCCACAAUGUGACCAUCGUUGAUCCUGAGGACUUCACUCAGUGUACCACACGAGGAAGUUUUGUUAUGCACUGGCAUGAAACAGCCUACAACAUGUUCACCUUUUCCUGCCUGUUCCUCCUGCCACUGGUCAUCAUGAUAACCUGUUACACCAGGAUCUUCUGUGAGAUCUCAAAGCGACUGAGAAAGGAUAACUUGCCCACCAGUGAAGUGCACCUGCGCCGGUCAAAGAAUAACAUCCCCAGAGCCCGGAUGAGAACUCUAAAAAUGAGCAUCAUAAUCGUCUUGUCAUUCAUCAUCUGCUGGACUCCGUACUACUUGCUGGGUCUGUGGUACUGGUUCUUUCCAGACGACCUGGAGGGGAAGGUCUCCCACUCACUGACACAUAUUCUGUUUAUUUUUGGGCUCUUUAACGCCUGCCUGGACCCCGUCAUCUACGGCCUUUUCUCUCUUAGCUGCAGAAAGGGGCUCCAAAGGUUUAACUGUAACACCACCGCAACAUCAGAGCUGGAUAAUACCACAGUUACAACCACAUCUUUCUCUGGCCCUGCUCACUCUUUGCCAAUGAAGAAUGAUGAGCCAUACCCUAAAAGUCAGGAGAGGAUCAUGUUAUGUAGUGGAAACUACAGCAAAAUAGACUUCUUGUCAGCAGGCAGUGGCAAUUUAAUGGCAAACGAUGCAAAGAUUGAACAAAGCCAGUCUAGCCCUACCUGCAUCAUGUGA